ACUAACCAUUGUCAUGGACGCUUGACUAGACAUGAAUUUUUGUAGCAGCAGAUUAUUUAUGAAAAUCAUGUUGCCUAAACAGUUCUUAAAUAAUUGCUCAGUUUUAUAACCAAAAAAGUGUUAAUAAGUAAAUGUUCUAAGUAGAGUCUAAUAGAAAAUGGGCGAUCGAGUACCAGAGUAUCUUUCUGCAGAAGAAUUAAGGAAUAGGUUAUAUCACAGCCUUCGAAGUCGCGGGCUUGUUGACUCAAUUAAGUCUCAGUUAAGGAAUAGUUUAGUAACAGAGCUACAGCAGACAGUUCAGGGACCGCUGACGUUGAAAGACUUGAAAGUUCCAGAGGGUGGGACUCUGUUACACCGUGCAUCCAACAGUCUUGUAGCCAAUCAUCUACGGUCUUGUCAGUAUGAUUACACCCUCAGUGUUUUUCUACCUGAAUCUGGACUUAGUCAAGAUAAGACAUUUGAAACAGCAGAUUUAGUGAAACUUUUGAAUAUUAGCCCACAUUCAAGACUUUAUCAAAGACUCAGUUCUCAGUCACAGCAGGAUCUUAAAAAAGGGUUUUUGUGGCAGCUUUUAUCAGAGGUCUCUGCUCUCCAUGCAAACUCAAUCAGCACUGUUGGAUGCCAGACUGAUUUAAUCAAAGUUGGACCUAUAACACCACUAGAUGAAAAAAUGUCAGGAGUUGAUGAACUGUAUGAAUCGAGGCGAGAAGAUUUUAUUCGCACUGGAAGGGCUGGCGCAGAGGAAAGGAUUUUGAGCUUUCAGCGACAAUUAGAGGAUAGAUAUAACACACAGUUAAAAAUGGAGCUUGCCCGAAUGAGAGAUGCUGAGAUAGCUACUAUUAAAGUGGAAGAGAAAGAAAAUAGUAGACGAAUUUUAGAACAAUCUAGAAGAGAGCUUGAGAGAGUGUACAAGGACAAGUAUGAUGCUCUGGUGAUCAGGGAGAGAAAUGCCUUGGAACGGCUACAACAGCAAACUGAGAUCCAAGAGAGGGAGACGUACGCUCAGCGUCAAACAAUUUUGGAAGAGAUCGAAACAGUGAGACAGAAAGAAGCUGAAGUGAAGAGGGAAGCCGAGGUUAACAAGAGAGAGAGGAAACUUGUUGAAGAUAGAAUGAAAGAUAAAGAGACAGAACUCAGGCGCAGGGAGCUGGAGAUUAAGCAGAAGGAAUCUUCAUUUGAACAGCGACUGCAGAAUGAAAUGGCACAGUUUAAACUUGACCAGCAAGCAAGGUUUAUAGAUAGAAUGCAAAAUGUUGAAGUAAGGGAGGCAACUCUAAAAGAGCAAGAGAGAAUAAUUUCAGAAGAGAAGGCAAGGCUACAGCAAGUAAAAGAUGAACUCAGGGACAAAACCCAUAGAGUGAACGAACUGGAAACCAAAUUAUCUGAGGCCAAGUACAGUGAAGUAAAUGCCAACAAGAACAAUGAAUACUUGAAUGCUAAGCUGAGAGAUAUGAGUGAUUACCCCACAUUGAAAGAACAAGUUGUGCUGUAUAGGAGUGAGCUGGAGACUCUAAGAACGCGCUUGGCUGAAGUUUUAUCAAUGAAUGAAAGGGAGAGAGGCCGGCAAGAGGAACUUCUGCGAGAGUUACGAAGGCCUUCACCUGAGUCAUUAAUGCUUCAGCGAGAUCUUGAAAGGGCAAAAGAGAAUCUGAGACAAGAGCAAGUAGUUUUCAACCAACAGAAACAGUUGCUGGAGGCUCGACUCAAGGAGGAGCUUGAUCGCAACAAGGAUCUGAUACAAAGGUUUGAGGAACAAACUCUCCAGAUGAAAGAAAUGAACAGGGAAAUUGUUGAUUUGAGGCAGCACUUACACAUGACCACCAAAGCUCUGAGCAAUGAAGUGUAUAGAAAGCCAAAUGAGAAGCAAGAAAAUGGUGCUCAAAGUGAUUCAAGAAGGUUACAGAAUGACACCAGUAAAAAUUCAGUGCAGUUUGACCUAGAUGACCCAGGCCCCAGGAUGUCCCUGAGGUUUGAAGCCGACGCCAAGGAUGUCUACCACGAUGUUGACUUUGACGUGAGGCCACGCCCACAAGCCAGAGAUGGGGUUUACUAUGAUGAGGAUGAUGACGUCUCAUCUACUGAUUCCGCUGACAUCAUUGCGCAAGCUAAAUACAGGCUUAAAAAUUUGGACAAGGAGGCCCAUAAUUUGGAGAGAGCUUAUCAUGACUUUCACUGUCGAUUAACUAACAUCAAUGCUCUGCCGUUAAGUGGACCAAUUGGUUCACCGAAAGCAAGAAAGUCUGGUCAGCUACAGGAUGUGGCAUCACCUAGACCAAGUCCUAUACCAUUUGACAACCCCAUGUCAUCAACCCCAUACAAACAACCAAGAAAACCUCAGGAAUUCACCGACAGCUUCAACCAGCUGGGUACCCAGUCACAGAGGACAAAAAAUGGCACAGCAUCCAGACAUGUGGAUCUACCAUUGACUGAGAAAAUAUCUGGCAGAGAUACAGAGGAACUGCAGUCAGUAAGCCAGAAGAAAACUGCUCAUGCAAAGAUUAUUACAGUGGAAGACCUUGAACUGAGACCAGGAUCUCCAGCAAUUAUGGUCAUUGGUGGUUCACUCUCCAGUGAAGAAGAAAAGAGAUCAAACACUGAGCCAGACACAAGAGGUGGAGAUUUUUUUACCCAGGCAACAUCCCCCCCACACCAGAUGGAGGCUCCAGCCUAUCAUGAUGUUGCAGCUUCAUUACCAUUUCAUCCAGUCUCUCUAGACUCGGCCUGGAGGUCACAGUUCCAAGAUGAAGAUGCUGAAAUUGAAAGAGAAACUGAAAAAAGGCAAAGAGAAAUAGAAGAAAGGCUAGAGGAAGAAAGAUUGGAAGAAGAGAGGAGGCAAGAAGAACUAGAGAGGGAAGAGAGCCAAAGUGAGGAAAGAUCAAGAGAAGACGCAGCUAAAAAUGCAAGUGGACAGGAAGAAGAGGAUGAAAACAUUGACCCAGUCAUGAAGGCGUUUAUGGCCAAGGUUAAACAGAAAAAAGAGGAAGAAAAAGAGCAAGCUAAAGAUGACCUCUGGUCUUACGAGAAGAAAAAGGACGAAACCCCUUCUCAUUCAGACUCUGAGGAGCUCUCAGUGGCAGUACCUGAUAAAAGCGACAAAGAUGACUUCUCAUGGUAAAAAGCUUCCCGGACUCAUAAACAAUAGUUUUAACAGAUUUGUUUCAAAUAUCUUUGUAUAUAUUAAAUGUUUGUAAAAAUC